CGGUAAUCGGUGAGGGUAGUGGAGCUCCUGGUGCGCCCCGGAGCACUCCGUGCCUGCUACGCGACUCAGUUCGUAGUGCUCCGAGCCGAUAUUAGCGCGCCCGCUUUGCGAACCAUCUGGGGGCAUAUGACAGGGAUGGCACAAUAAGCUCUAUGUGCGAGAUCUGGAGCUAUCCAGAGAAGAGAUUUGGUAUCUCAGCAUGAUGACCUCAAUUGACAUAGUAGGUGAUAUCCAUAUAGCCACGUGACGAACGCUUCAUCUUGCGACUAUGUAUGGGCCGCGGUGAGCAGCAGCUCUUGGUCCCACUUCAGAACUAAUUGAGAAUGUCUCCCACGCGCAAGAAUGAUGUGACGCCUCUGCAGUCCGUCUUAGCUGGAGCUGCUGCUGGGGGUUUCGAAUCGAUGGUGACGUAUCCUACAGAAUAUGUAAAGACGCGACAGCAGCUCUUACGCGGCCCUACAAAUGCGAGAUCUCCAUUACAAAUCUUGAUAUCGACAAUACGAAACGAUGGCAUCGGACGCCUAUAUACCGGAGGAGCGGCUUUCUGCGUCUCGAAUGCCUCUAAGUCGGGAAUCCGAUUCCUCACUUUCGACUUUGCGCGCGGGUACAUGCCGAAAGGCGUGAAGGGAAAGACUACAGUAUCCGGAAGUCUCGCAGCCGGCAUGUGUGCGGGUAUUGCGGAAAGUGUUUUGGUGUUGACACCAGGAGAAAAUCUGAAGACAAGGCUGAUAGAUGAUCGCGCUGGAAAACAGUUAUAUCGCUCCUCUGGACAUGCUAUCAAGUCCAUCAUGGCCGCGGAAGGGCCACUGAGCUUUUUCAGAGGCGUAUGUCCGGUAACACUGAAGCAAUCUAGUAAUGCGAUGGUACGCUUUACAAGCUACGACUUCCUAUCGAGUACUUUACGGCCCAUACUAGGAAGUUCAACAAGUGUAGCCGCUGGCGCCAUGGCUGGUAUCAUCACAGUGUAUUGUACUAUGCCUUUCGACAAUGUCAAAACACAACUGCAGGGCCUUGAAGGACAGAAAAUGUAUAAUGGAUCGUGGGAUUGCGCAAAACAGUUGGUGCAAGAUGGAGGUUUUCGUCUUCUCUGGAAAGGGACUACCCCGCGGCUUGUCCGUUUGAGUGUAUCUGGAGCAAUAUCUUUCACGGUAUAUGAGAAAGUCGUUCAAUUAACGCAGACGCUCGGAGGACUAUCAGCAGAAAGUAGAAAGGAGAGCGUUGCGUUGUGA